AUGUUACCAUUGAUCGGAUACUCGAGACGGUCCAAAUACAACUUUGAUGGGCGGGUUCUCGCCGUUGAUCUCCUCAACCCUAGCCCGGCUUCUGAGGCCAAGAAGCACAAGCUCAAGACCUUGGUCCCCGCCCCCCGAUCCUUCUUCAUGGACGUCAAGUGCCCCGGUUGCUUCACAAUCACCACCGUGUUCUCCCACGCCCAGACCGUCGUUAUCUGCCAAGGCUGCACCACUGUCCUUUGCCAACCUACUGGUGGUAAGGCUCGAUUGACUGAGGGCUGCUCUUUCCGAAGAAAGUAG